AUGAACUAUAUAAACCGCCCAGAGCCGGCCCUCAAGCAGGGACACGCAGAAGGGACACGCAGGACACUCGAGGAGCGGCCCCAGGAGCAGCCCCUGUACCAGCCCCGGUACCAGCCCGGAGCGGCACCAGGAUCAGCGCAGAACAGACGAGACGGGUCGCGAGUCUUCUGUGGCGGACGGACGCGGUGCAGCAGGAGCGGCCCAGGGAUUUACAGGACGCCAGGGUUCGAGACGCACAUCCAAUCUGCGCGCGCGCACUAUCGGAGCCCACCAGGAGUGUGGAGAAAAGGCCAGCACCAAGCUAAUGUGAUUUCCCCUGUCCCCCCCAACCAGUGUGACCGAGGCUCGGACAGACGUAGGCAGACGCGCGCUCUGGGAGUGCGGGCAGACUGGUACGCGGAGCCAGCUCGGCCUGGAUCAGCAGCGGACCAGACCAGCCCGGGGUGGCUAGACUGCGCACGCCAGAUAAAUCGCAUCAACCCUCCUACCAGUGGGAUGAACGGGGCCGCCCCAUCUGCUUACAGUGUGGACUUUCUGGACAUGUUCGGCGCUGGUGCCCACAAAGGCAACAAAGACAGCAGGAUUUUUAGCAACCCCUACAGCUGA